CUCUCUCUCUCUCUCUCUCUCAAAACACCCUCCUCCAACCACUUCACCUCGUACUCUUUCGUUUCUCGUCACUCUCUCAAACACACAUCCACAAAUUCCCAGAAGAAUUGUUUCCUUUUUGGACCCUGUUUAGUGUCUCAAUUCUCUUUUCUUGCCUUGGCUCACAAACAAAUACCCACAUUCAUCUUCUCAACGCUCUCUUGGAUUUCGUUCCACCUUUUAGACUGAGAGGCACGACCAAACGAAGAAUAACGACAUCACCAAAUACUUCUACGACUACACGUCUAAUACUCCACGACCACCAACCCAACACUACCUCGAGAUAAUCCUGCCGAUACUGCAGCCAUGCUUGUCCAAACUGCUCUCGUCGCAUUGAGUGCGACACUGGCUGCCGCUGUCAAGCCCCUCACUGUCAAGGGCAAUGCCUUCGUUACCGAGGGCGGCGAAAAGUUCCAGAUCGUUGGUGUCGACUACCAGAUUGGUGGCAGCGCCGGCUACGACCCUUCCCACGGUCGCGACCCCCUCAGCGAUGGUGACAUUUGCUUGCGCGAUGCUGCCCUGCUCCAGCGUCUCGGCGCCAACGCCAUCCGUAUUUACAACCUCGACCCCAACCUGAACCAUGAUGCUUGCGCUUCCGUCUUUAACGCAGCUGGCAUAUACAUGAUUCUCGACGUCAACUCUCCCCUCGUCGGCGAGAGUAUCACGAGCUUCGAGCCCUGGACCAGCUACUACGCUGCUUACCUCAACCGCACCUUCGCCAUCGUCGAGGCUUUCAAGAGCUACCCCAACACCCUCGCCUUCUUCUCCGGUAACGAGGUCAUGAAUAACGUUGCGACCGCCGAGUUUGUUCCCCAGUACCUCCGCGCCGUCACUCGUGACUUGAAGAACUACAUCGCCAAGCACUCCGACCGCGCCAUCCCCGUCGGUUACUCCGCUGCCGACGUUCGCGAGAUCCUCGUCGACUCCUGGAACUACCUGCAGUGUGCUGAGAACGGAGACGCCAAGGACCCCAGCCGCAUCGACCUCUUCGGCCUCAACUCCUACUCGUGGUGCGGUGAUUCUAGCUUCAAAACCUCCACCUACGACCAGCUCGUCUCCAGUCUGAAGGACACCUCUGUCCCCGUCUUCUUCUCCGAGUUUGGCUGCAACCAGGUCACCCCUCGCCCCUUUACUGAGAUUGGCUCAAUCUACGGCACAGACAUGAACUCCGUCUUCUCCGGAGGUCUCGUCUACGAGUACAGCCAGGAGGACAACAACUAUGGCCUCGUCAAGGUCAACGACGAUAAGUCCGUCAAGCUGCUCAUUGACUACCAGAACCUUGCCACCCAGUACAAGAAGGUCGACUUCAAGACCCUGCAGGCCACCAAGGCUCCUUCCUCCUCCCCCGACCCUCCCAAGUGCGCCUCGUCCCUGAUCAAGGAGAAGGGAUUUAACAACAACUUCACCCUGCCGGCCGUGCCCCCUGGUGGCCAGGACAUGAUCGACAACGGUAUCAAGAACAAGCCCUCUGGCAAGAUCAUCUCCAUCUCCGACUGGACCGUCAAGCACAAGGUCUACGACGUUGAUGGAAAGACGGAGAUCACUGGCCUCGCCGUCUCUCCCCUCGCGGACUCCGAUUCUAACACACCCGGCACCAACACUGGCGGUACCACUGUUCCUGCUGCCACCGGCACCUCCACCCCGACUGGCACUUCCACCCCUUCGUCGAGCACUACCCCCAACGCCGGCAUCGCAAUGCGCCCUGAGGUUGCCGCUUUUGCUGCACCUCUACUUGCUCUUUUGUUCUUGUAAAAGCUCUGGAAGCGUACGCUGGAUGUUGUGUGUGGUUUAUUAGUACGGUUUGGAGGUAAUGACUUGGUUUCUUUCUGGCAUCAUAGAUUCCCCGCGGUUUGUGUAUAGACCUCAAUUGAUACUCGUUCAAGACUUGAGUCCUGGCGCCUCGUGAGUUAUGAGCUCUUCGCUUUCUUGCAAGC